CUGAGAGGUGCGUGAUGCGUGCCAUUCAUAAAUCAAUCGAUGCCUGUUUGUUUAUUUGGGUUCAGAAUAAAUUACACUGGAUUUUGGUUUUGCGUACUAAUCAACGUGGAAAUGCAUUCGAAAGUUUGAAUUUAUAAGGUAGAAAUUAUUGCAGUCAUAAAUUUCUGAGUGGUAAGACAGAACCGAUAUGCUCGUGUUUGAGGCAGUGCGCAUUGUUCAAAGGAAUCCUUGUCCUCUGGCUUUGAAUUUUCAUAUCUGGUUUUCCUGUUAAUUUAAUGUGCAUAGUGCGGUAAAACCUGACUAGCGGAACUGUAGAAGGUACAUGAUUACAAUGGAUCAGAAUGACAGCCGAAGUAGUUCCCAAGCGGAACACGAGGAAGCACACCAGCUACAAAGCCAGCUGUCUACUGGACUGGAAUCUGCUUUUGUUGGCGGAGACAGCAGUCCAUCCAGCGAUGCUGCUCGUACUCUCAACAUUCCCGAGGUCUUCUUCUGCUGUUUCAUCUGCUACGGUGUCGUCAAAAAGCCACGCUUGUGCCCAAAAUGCUCACAUUUUUCGUGUUACGAGUGCUUGCGGAAAUGGUAUUCAACCGCGGCCAUUUCCGCAACCGGAGCUCGUUCUACCGUCAAUAACGCACAAUGCCCACACUGCAGAUUUGCUGUGCCUAUGGAGCAGUACAUCAAGUGUCCUUGGGUGGAAGAACUCGUGCAACAAUUGCAAAACGAUACGAACAAAAUCGAUUUCAAUAAGAUUUUGAACGAUCGCUGCACUACUCAUAACGAACAGAAGACAGUCUACUGCAAUACAUGUCAGACAUGCAUUUGUUCUGGCUGUGCACUUUUUUCCGGCGAGCAUUCGAUCCAUUCUUUUAGCCCCAUUGAUACAGUGUAUCGUACAAAGAAAAACGUUCUCCGUUCGGAAAUGGAGAAGUUAUUGCUUCGUAUGCGAGCUCUUGAAGGGAAGCGCAAAUUACUGGAUCGUAGCGUGAAAAGGGUCAGAUCUGCCAAAGACGAAAGUGUGAAAGAGUGUGAAGCGAUCAUAGACGCCACGAGAGUUGAUCUUUCCAAACAAAUGUCGGAAAAGCUUGGGGAAUUGCAAGGAGACCGUGGGCUCAUUGUAUUUGAGAUUGAAAUUGUGGGCCAGAUUUUAAGAAACAUGAAAGAUCUUUUGAACAAGGCGCCUAAAAGUAAUCUGAUUGCACAAAGCGAGGAUUUACUCAAAGAAACCAAUAACGUCCUUGGUAGAGAAAUCCCUUCGUUCCAACCACUUCAGGGAAUACAGUACAAAAACGCUAUUGUUCCGAAUUACACGGGCGACGUUUUCGUAGUUCGGGAUUUUGAUAACCUUGCUGACAACGCGGAACCAAUUUUCAGCCAUUCCAUUUUUUCCGGUGGUCUUCGGUGGAGACUGAAAGUUUAUCCGAAUUAUAAACCUGGAGGACUGCCAGAUUCUGUUGCAUGGUUAUCGAUAUUCCUGGAGCUUUACGAUGGUCCGCCUGGUAGUCACUUUCACGAAUAUAGGAUUGAUUUGAUGCACCUGGGUACCAUGGCCAAUCGGUCGGACGCUAAUCCUGAUAGGAACGUGUCUAAGGAAUUCUCUUCGAAAUUUGAAGUCGGUGAAUGCUGGGGCUCCAAUCGGUUUUACGCUCGGGAUCAACUGGCGGUCGAUGGAUUUCUGAAUAAUGGAAUGGUUGCGAUAAAAUUUGAAAUCAGACCCCCUAAUUAUGCUAAGGCUUACGAGUAUGCAGAAUGGUCACUGGGGAAAUGUGACGCUUUGUGUAAGGAUCUGAAAGAAGAAAAUAAAGAGCUAAAGGAAUUUAUCAUGAAGGAGUUAUGGAAUCGUAAUAGUUUACGUAGUCAAGAGAACACCGGAACGUCAGCUUAUGCAGACGCUCUUUUUAAUUCCGAAGAGGAUCUCAGAGCACUGGAGAAUGAAAGUGCGGCUUCCGAAAUUGCCGAUUUGGCUGCCCAAAUGGAAAUUGUACAGCUGAUGCACGACAACGAAUGUAUGCGAAUUCCUUCAAACCAACAACAUCAGCUCCAUGGUUCUGCAAACACACAUCUGCGUCGUGCAUCGUCUCCCGUUCCAUCUUUUGGAGAUUGCUCUGGGCCGUAUUUAUUUCACAACCAGUUAAUGUUAGCCGAUUUAUGUCAAGUCGUAGCUGAUCACUGCCUGGAAGACGGUCAGAGCAGCGGAGAGUCUUUGGAAGGAACUACGAGAGCGGAUACCGAUGAAGGAUGCAAUGACGGACGAUCUGGUGACCGCACACAAGAGCAAGAUCAAAAUUCUGAUGGGUUUUCGGUAACCAGAGUAGUUCCAGAGUCGCCUCCAUCUAAUGAUCUCUAUCGCCCCUCUGUCGAAUCUCAGCGACGACGCUUGGCAUGUUUGAAUGGAAGUAACCCGAUUUCCGAUAACAAUGCGUUACAGCCUGGUUCCGGUGGCAGUUAAAUUUAAUCCAUUCCUUUUUAUAUCCUGUCCUGUUAAAUUUUUAUGCUAGAGUCUGUUUUGGUUAUGUUGCAUGUUUAAUUUUCUCUGUUUUACCUUCGAUUUUGAUUUUUUUUAACCUACGUUUUGUUGUUGGUGCUGGCCGCUGUGAUAGUGCUUGCUUUACCUGUUCAGAUCGUUACCGAUUGUUGUCAUUACCUAAUCUCUGCACAAUAGAUAAUCUAAAAUCUG